AUGGUGACCCCAAAAUGGGAAAUUCUUCGGCUAAUGGGAAUCCUUGCUCUCGUUUCAAUUGCCAAAACCGACGUGAUUGAUAAUGGAUUGAGACAUGAUCCAAUCGUUGAAUGUGGCCAAGAGGGGUUGACUGUUCGUUUUAUGACUCAACGCGAGUUUGAGGGACAUGUUUAUGUAAAGGGUCACUACGAUGAUGGAGCUUGUCGAAAAGAUGCCACUUUGGAGGACAGUGUCAAUUUCACUGUUCCCUACACGAGUUGCGAUGUGCGGAGACAGAGAUCGAGUUCACCCCGAGGUCUCUUCCUUUCAGUCACUCUCAUCAUCUCUUUUCAUCCAAUGUUCGUGACAAAAAUCGAUCGCUCCUACAAUGUUCAAUGCUUUUACACAGAAGUUGAAAAGACUGUGACUCAAGCGCUCGACGUUGGAAUGAAUCCUGAGCAAAUGGCGAGCAUACAUGGGUCAGAAGCCGGAAAAUCCCGACGACCCGAAGGCGUAGAUCGAUUUGAUGUGUUGGAUGGUGUUCCCGAGGAGACGAUCACUUCAACAGUGACACUUCCCACUUGUCGUUAUGAGGUGUUGGCUGAGAGUGACAAGGGUGAUGCAAUUAAAUUUGCGACAGUUGGACAACGAGUUUAUCAUCGAUGGACUUGCGAAGAUCCGGCUCAUCCUGAUGGAACAACACCAUUUUGUGCCACCGUUCACUCGUGCAGUGUUCGCGAGGAAAGCGGGAAACAGGCGUUGCUUUUGGAUGAGAAUGGGUGCUCCGUGGACAAAUACCUUCUCACCAACUUGGUCUACACUUCAGCCUUGACGGGUGGACAGACGUCUUUCGUCUUCAAAUUCGCCGAUCAACCAUCCCUUUAUUUCCAAUGUCAGAUUAGGCUUUCGUUAAAAGAAAAUGGAGAAUGUCAUCGUUCAUCAGACAAUUGCCCGAACACGCUACGUGGCAAAAGAGAUGCCACAAGUUUGCACAAAAGAUCGGCUGAAAAGCUUCAUGAAACAGCAGUUCAUGGCCCGGAUGUUGAUGUCUUCUCACAAAGCAUGACAAUCUUUGAGAUCGAUGAUGACUCUCAAGACAACAAGAACUCGAGCUCGAGCGCAAUGGGAACACUUCUCACCGGGCAUGGCCAUGUUUGCUUGUCACCUUGGAGUUUUGGCCUCCUCAUUUCAAUGAUGGGAACGAUCGUCUUGGUGUCGAUCAUUUCCCUGCUACUCUUGUGCCGAAGAAACUCAGCAAAAGUCAGCUUCUUGGAGCAG